GGGAUACUGUUGCGAUACAGACAACGGGAGAAAAGAAACAGCUAAAUUAGCAUUCUGCUUUAACCAGGAAUCAAUAUUUAUCUAGCUAUCCUGCACAACAGUAUUGAAAUAGGUUUGGAGAUGGAUGCUUUUUACCUAUUUUCACCAGCUUUGUGUGUGUCAAGAUAUUCAAGAAACACCAAGACCGUCUUACCUGGUAACUAUUCCUGCAGUGAUCCCGGCAGGUUUGGAGGCCAGGUUUUGUGCCAGCCUUCUGCAGCCCAAGGAGACCCUUGUUAUGACCAUAUCUCUGAUUGAUGAUGAACAGAACUCAACCCUUCUUAGGGAGAGUUCUGAUCAAGAGUUUCAUCGCUGUUUCCAGUUUCAGGCACCUCAACUCCAGGUAGAAAAGAUACUCAAGUUAAAGGUGGAGGUUUGUGGUGAAACGUUUGUCUCGACAGAGGAGAGAAAGGUCAAGAUCAAACCCUACAGCCCGAUUACAUUUGUCCAAACUGACAAACCAAUAUACAACCCAGGACAAAUAGUUCAUUUUAGAGUCAUCACCUUGGAUACCAGCUUUAGACCUGUGAAUCAGUUGCCUUGACUGACUGUUUGGUCA